AUGGGAGCCAACACGAGCUACGCUUCCCAGGGGGAGGUGGGACGCCGUCUGGGGAAAUUAGGCACCGGCAUCGUCUAUGCGGUCCACUUCGUCGCCUCCACCUCCGUCUCCUGGGGCAGCAACCACUGGGACAUCUUCCUGCAGACCGGGGAGAGCGAGUUCAUCAGCCUGGAGAUAACGGCGAGGGCCCCUCUCGGCCGCGAGGGGUACCCCUGCCGGCUCGACAUCCUACAUCACUCGGGCGAUGUGCCGCGCCGCAGCCACAAGGUGGUGGCCGUGCCCGCGCACGGCUGGCACACCGUGGCCGACUUCUUGGACGUGAUCGUCCAGGCGGGCAACCACAUGUACGAGUUCACUCGGGAGGGCCGGGGGUGCGCCGGCUGGGUGCACGACCAGUUCUACCUAUUUGUGCGGGCGGACCUCAUGGCGGCUGAUAAGUCCCUCGAAUUCGAGGAGGCAAUCAACACCUGGUGGGAGCGGAACGCACCCCGGGGCCCGUCGCCCGUGACUCACGGCACGUACCGGAGAGACAGGCGGGGCCGCAGACUGGGCCGUCGCUCGAGGACCAGGUAA